GUCAUUUAUGUUCUUGCCCCUCUUCUAUGUUGUCUUUAAAAUAUUUUGUGAGAAUUUAAGAGUGAAAAAAUCCUUGUUACCGGGAAGAUAAAAGUUUGUUUAUGGAAUAAAAGAGAUUUAUUUAUUAAAUAAAAUCAAGUGUCUCUUUAACACUUACAAAAUAUGAAUAUUUUUCGUCUAGCCGGUGAUUUAUCGCACGUAGUUGCUGUUAUAAUCCUAUUGCUAAAAAUAUGGAAAACUCGUUCCUGCGCAGGAAUAUCGGGAAAAUCUCAAUUGCUAUUUGCAAUAGUAUAUUUAACGCGAUAUUUGGAUUUGUUUACAACGUAUGUUAGCCUCUAUAAUUCUAUCAUGAAGAUUUUAUUUUUGUCGGCAUCUGGAGCAACAUUAUACUUUAUGUAUGGCAAAUUUAGAGGAACAUACGAUCAUAAUCACGACACCUUUCGUAUCGAAUUCUUACUGAUUCCCUGUGGAUUAUUGUCUUUGGUCAUAAAUCACGAAUUCACUGUAAUGGAAAUCCUAUGGACCUUUUCUAUAUAUUUGGAGUCUGUAGCAAUUCUACCACAACUGUUUAUGGUUAGCAAAACUGGAGAAGCAGAAUCAAUUACUAGUCACUAUCUCUUCGCACUUGGUUCAUAUCGUGCAUUGUAUUUAUUGAAUUGGAUUCAUCGUUAUAUUGCAGAAUCACAUUAUGAUUUGAUAGCGAUAUUUGCAGGCAUAGUUCAAACAAUUUUAUACUGCGAUUUCUUCUAUCUAUACAUAACCAAAGUUCUAAAGGGGAAGAAACUACAACUACCGGCUUAGAAAACGAAAAUGUCUCAUGGUGCAGUGAGAAAUAAUUUAAAAUUUUUAUAAAACAAUUUCAUAUGUAAUAACUUUCACUUAUUUAAGAGUGCAUUUCAGAAUUGUACCUACAACUUCUAGAAGUUUAGCAUACAUACAUAUAAUAAUAAUUUUUACAUGAUAAAAAAUAA